AUGAACAACAACGCCAGCAGCAAGGGCAGUAGCAGCAAAGCGAAGGCCAUCGCUCACCGGCUUUGGUGCAUUCAACAGUCGCGCUCGUCUCUCACAAAUAGUCGCAUGCUGCCGGUACUUCCUUCUCUUGAUUCUGAACGCUGCAACGCUGCUAUACUCUCACGAGGGCCUUUCCACAAGCCUCAUGGAUCCUUUGGAUAUCUUGGGGGAUCCUCUGGGGACGGACAAGGGGCCUUCGAAGGCAUGCCAGCGAGCCGUGAUGGCCUCCAAGGGAACUCUCACGGCCCCCAGGGGAACUGCUGGCUGUUGUCUUUGGCGCGUUCACUGGGAGGAAGUGACGAUGCUUCUUCUUUUGCAGAGGCGCCUCCAGCGCAGGGACCUCUUCUCGAAGAUUUCAUAAAGAAAGGCUUGAGCACGGUCAACUUUUUGUGGGUCGCAGCGAAGGAGCGAGCAGGAGCCUCUUGGAGGCAAAAGGAGACCCCGAAAGGAGUCCCAAGUCGCUCUGUUGUUACCUUCGUCUUGGGAGGGCUCGCACCCAAAGAGCUGCAGGCAUUCACAGCUCUAAAUGCCGCGCAUGGGAAUUAUCAAGUAGGGGCCAACAGUGACGUACCAAGUUACGCUCAAAGCAGCUCCCAGAUGGGACCCUUCUUGGUUGGCAGCACAUGUCUCACUUCACCUACGAGCCUCGCUGCUCAGCUCUUCGGCGACCUCACAGGAGACCUACAGACUGCCUAG